CGAGCAUGCUCCCCUUCCGUGUGCAUAAGUUUCUUGUGUGACCAAGUUGAAAUGGUGUGGGAUGGUUCAUGCUGCGACAUGCUCCCUUCCGACGACUGCAGUCAACCAUCGCACCUUCCAGCCCGGUAUUAGCCACACCAGCAUUUUAUAGCAAUCGGCAACCUCGGCCACCACGGUCGGCGCACCGCAGUAAGGGCGCUACUCCUUGCUCACAGAGCCGGGUGUAUACCAGCGCAAGCGCGGUAGCGGCUACCCAUUCAGGCUCGGACGAGCACUCGAGAAGUAGCAGCUCCGACACUGCACGUACCGAGCCAAGACACAAUGUGACAGUUUAUGAGGAUGCACGCAGGCCCGCGGAGCGGAGCGCUCGUGCGGAACGGCAGAGUAUCGAUGCCUCUGACGGUGUAAAGCCUCUGUCAAACUAUGGACGUCACCGCCACGGUAUUGGGGAAGGCAGAAGCGAGUCUGUAGCAGUAGCAAGGGCGGAUAACCAAGUCGACCAUUCAAGGCUUUUCAGACGCCUGAGGGGGGCUGACGAGAGGCUCGAUCACGUUGCCACAGAACGAAAGCAACAGGUUGAACGAGCUGAGCGUCAGCGGCUUGCGGCGGCAGAAGGGGAUGACUUCAGCGCAGCCUUAGCACAAGCGACAGUGCGUCAGAAUGAUGGCUGGGAACAGAUCACUGCUCGAAUCAGAGCAGCACCCUCAGACUUUCCGCACAGAACACUUUCAGACCCGCGCGUAUCGCAGCGACAGAACGUGAAACUUCAGAUCAGACGCCAGCAAAGGCAGAAUGAGCGCCAUCCGUCUCUCCAGGGUGUCUCGGAUCACGCCUGGUUCAACAAGGUGUUGUACGAUCUGACCAAAGCGAUACGCGCCCGCGCAGGACACGACGUCUUCACCGAACGCUCAGAGAUUGUGCGCCUUCCAGAAGGUGUUCGGGCCGCGUUCAAGGGCAAUGCCAACCAGGCCAUUCUCGAGGUGAUGCAGCGCACUGGUAGUCACAUACAGUUGAACGUCGAAGAGUCGCAGCCCGGUGGAGCUGCCGAGACAGGAUUUCAGUCUCUGGUGCUUCGUGGCUUGCCCGACGAGAAUGCGGCAGCUCUCCGCCUUCUCCCAGAACUAUGCACUGCUGUCACCAUUGAUGGUCUGGAUCCUGGUGCUAGCUUGGCAAAGUACAAGCUGUUUGUCGACCAGCACAACGAUACUACUCGCGCAACUACCGCUCCUGGUGCCGUUCCUGAUAGCGACCGGAAGCCUGACGCGAUUACGGACUUAAAACCAUCUCACGAUAUGUUGGGGAAAGACCACGCUAUCGGCUACCGUCUGUCUCCGAUAGGGAUCGCGAAAGAGAUGGACGCACCGAUGCGGAUACGCACCAUUUGGCGACUGCCGCCGGCUUUGGCUGGCCAAUAUGUUAGCUUCACCGUGUCCGACAAUGGCAACAUGAGCCUCGCCAUUCGACGACCUAGCUACUACAGUGCCACGGAACUGACGGACUAUGUGUACGCCCUGUCUUCCUUGCCUCCAGGUUUGGUGAUCCGCGAAGCGCAAGCGGGCGGCAACCGAGCCGACGAGCAUCAGAAUAACGCCGUUAAGCACAGAAUGAUCGAAGUGCUGAUUGAGAUCUUUGACAACCCCGAAGCUGCGGCUUCUGUGACUGGCGAGGCAGUAGAUGUUGCGUUCAGCUUCCUCCUCCAGCAGACGGAGUUACCGGCCUUGCGAAAGCUAAUUGCGCUGCUCGAGGACAACAAACACUACAUGUUUCGGACGAGUAAUUUCGAUGUCCUCCUUAGUGCAGCUGCCAAGGUGGGCGAUGCGCACAACUUCCGGACUUGGCUGACAAACAUGCUGAACCAUGGCCUGCAGCCAUCGUGGCGAACUUGGACAUCCCUUCACAAACUCCUUGGCCGUAGGCAUGGUGGCUGGGCCAAGCAACCAAAAGUACUCGAAGCGAUGAGGGAAUACGGCGUUCUCAACAAUGUAGAAGCUGUACAGCAAGUGGCACUAAACAGCAUUGAGCGAGAAUUCCACGCGUAUAUUCGGCGAUCGUCGGAGACUGCAGCGAAUACGGAUCUGGACGACUUUGCUGAGAUCUUCGAGAAGAUUUUACAUCUUCCGACCAACCACGCGUUACGCACCCCUAAACACAUAAGUGCCAAGAAGUACAGAUCAUGGCUGAGCGCACCUACAGCCAACGUCAUGAUCAAACUCCUACUUCAGCAUGGCCGUGUGCAGGAUGCAUUCGCAGUCGUCAGCCUGCUCGACGAAUCCGACGUUAGGCCGGAUACGUACACUCUCAAUACGUUCCUGGCUGCGAGCACCCGUAUCCGAGACCCUGGCUUCGCUGUGUCAGUGCUGAAGCGCUUCGAACCAGCUUUCACCCGACAACACAUGCCAGUUACACCAGACGAGUUGACCUACGAAUUACUCUUCCGCUUGGCAUGGAGACGGCAGCACUUGAACAUGUUACGUGUGAUUUGGCGACACGCUUGCUGCGCUGGACACGUGACGUGCGACAUGGAGCACAAGAUGAAGCAGUCACUAUGGAGUUAUUUGCCCGCGCCCGGGUCCAUCGCGCGCCGUCGCGCAAUGAAACUGGCCCGACAGCAGGCGGAGGCUCAGCGGAAACCUAUCAAAGGCCCGCAAAAGUCCGCCCUGGUAGCGCUCGAUACUCCAGCAGAACUGCCAGAGAUGGCACGUUCUGCGAUUUUCAUGGGCUGGGCUGGGAAGUUUGCUGUUGGGGUCAUCGAUGGCUUGAACGAGCGGAAUUGCAGCCCUAUCCAAGUACCGCACGAGCGUGACGUUGCCCAAAGCUCCGCGGCGGCAGAUGCUGAGGAAUUGGUCCCUGAACAACACGCAGCGGCAAUGUCGUCUUCCAAUUCAACGCACGAUCGCGCCCCAAGCUCUGGGCUCACUCAACGACAAGUCGAACUGCUGCCUCUGGCUUCACAGCCGCGCAUAUCGCCUUCCGGCACAUUCGACGAAGAGUCUGCUAGAGUAAUGCACCGCAAGCGCAAGGACCGUCUGGAAGAAGUGCUGGAGUCGGAUCUGCGGCAAACCUGGCGUCUAAGGCCAACCGAGUCUUUGUGCACCCUGCUUGAACGCGCUUGGCAAAAAGACGUGUGGUGGCAAGAACACAGGCCUAAUCUGCUGAGCCAUACAGCCGAGCUCGCGAUCAAUGACAAGGUAGCUACUGAAGCGCAAAAAGCAAAAGUACUUGCGCACGAUCUGCAGGAGCGAUUGGAGGAUGGUAUCGUUGUCAUGAUGGAAAAGUACCGGGUAUUGGAGGAAUAGAGUUGUGUUCCGUGCUUUAUAUUGCAUAGCGGUGGCGUUCGAAGGCUGUGUACAGUGAGGGAUGAACCACGAUGUGUCGUCCCGACGCUUAUACCGCACCCUGUGAGACCAAUCACAUCUUGGUGGGGACGGCUGCCUCAGGCUGUAUUAACCAACUCGUUACCACAAAACCUCGUCGAGCACAGUCUGUCUCUAGACAUAUAAAUCCUGUAUCUUUCUUGUCUGUGCGAGCAUCGCU